GCCCGGUUCCCAAUGCAGAAUCGUUGGUUCUCUGAUGGUCGUGCUUCCGCCCUGAACCUUCCGUCUCUCACCACUGGUGAUAGUUCCCUAGACCCUCCUCUUGUGCCCCCUGACCUUCCUGAUCCUUUAGCUCCUUUAGCCAUUUUCCACUUUCCUCCUCUCUCCUCACCAGUUACCGGAAAACUCCUCCAUCCCCACAAACUGCUCCCAGAAGGGUGCCCGUGGAUUUGGCGGUUGCUCAGAACUCCUCUACUGAAACUACUGAUGUCGAGAUGGCUCACUACAGCUACUAACUUACCUCCGAAACAUAAUCCUUCACCUCCGAUUCAGCAAGCUACAGCUACUGAUAAUCCUACUGUCAACCAAACUGCUAAUGCUCCCUCUCUGGCUGAGAGAAUAAGGGCCUUUGAGGAUAAAUCUUUGCAACGGCUGGCUCCAAUUACUUACUCGGCCACUGGUAGACCUAGUGUUCUCAUCCUAGACGAGGUAUUCCAGCGUGGAGAAGAACUGCAUAAAGACUUUCUAGUGUGCUAUUUUAAUGGUAGAGCUCCCUCCUACAGUCAAAUUCAAAGUGUCCUCAACCACAUGUGGGAUAAAGGAAAUAAACAGGAGAUCCACAACAACCCUUUAAAUAGGUCAAUACUUGUAAGAAUUCCGAGUGAAUACCUGAGGAUCAAGAUUCUGGAAAAAAGCCUUUGGUAUAUUGGUGACUCAAUGUUCCAUGUGGCUCAGUGGACUUCGUCUCUUUCAUAUUUGGCUCCUUCUCUUAAGUCAAUCAAAAUCUGGGCUCAUCUUACGGGUGGUCUCAGUCUUGUGGCGGGGUUAGUUGGUGAACCAGUAGAAAUGAAUGACUUUACUAAGAAUCUUAUAAGUCUCACUCUGUCUCAUGUAAAAGUGGAAGUAAACCUAACCAAAGAGCUUCCUAGAGUUGUGGAAUUCGUUAGGCAGAAUGGCGAAUUUGCAGAAGUUCAUGUGGACUAUCCUUGA